AUGUCUCUAGAUGAAGUCCUCUCCAUCGGCACAGCUUUGGUCGAGCAUUGGGAAAUAUUGCAUGGCUGCCCCGUAGCAGAGACGCAUCUGGACGCGCGAAUGCUACAAAAAAUGAUAGAUGCCGUGAUAAAGACACUCACUCUGUACGAGGUAGCGGUUGGAUCUAUCCUCGGAGGCUGGGGAGAGAACCGGGAACCUAAUGGUGUGGGUAUUGACAAAUCCAACAACCCACCCAACACUCGCAACGGAAGCAAGGAUAGGGCAAUGGAAACCAAGCAUGCAGUAGUUGUGACUGAGGCAACGGCACAGUUGGGCAAUAUGCAACUAGAUAGUCAUGAAAUGACGGUUGUCGCGCGCGAGGCUUUGCGUCAUGCUACCAUGCGGUUGGGGGAGAUGCUGCAUGAUAUCGAGGAGGAUAUGAGUAUUUUGCGGGAUCGAGCAAAUUCAUCGCAAAGGAAUGAUAACCAUGUGAGAGAGGUGAGACAAAUCACGUCUCAGUUGCUUCGAAUUUUGGGAAGGAUCAAUAGUAACGAUGGUAACAUGAACGAAGAGUGA